UUAAACUGUCCCCAUGGGCUCUCUCUUUCAAAUAUGGAUAGAAGACUAACGCUGCAUGACUAUUGGCUGCGCAGCUGAAGUUCGCGUGCUGAUUGGCUGAUCAAUACUGUGAUAGCCCAAGAGCAAAGGCAGAUGUUACAGAAAUCUCCCUGAGCAUUGCAAGCACUACAGACUCUCCACUGCACAAUAUCCGACCAUCUAUUCAGAGCACGACCUGCAUUUUAUAUUGCAGCUGAACGCCUGGUUUUGGAUUUUCUCCAAGCAGCAGUUCUUCUGUAUUGCUCUUCCCUCCCACCCUUCCCAACCCUUCACCCCUAUACCCCGCAUCCCCCCCCCAAAAAAAAAAAAAAAAAAAACAUUUUAAGUUGAUCAUUUGUGUUCAAAUACUACUGUUCUUUAACAACGUCAGUUCUUUUAAUACUAGGUUAAUAACUUGUUUAUUCUGCUAUUGUUCCUUUAUUUGAAAAAAAAAGUGUGUUCCUAUUAAUACUAGAUUCAUAAUUUCUUUUAUUUGCUACUGCUCUUUUUGUAUAAAAAAAAAGUUUAUUAGCUGUAUAUAAGUCGUUCAUUUUCUUGUAAAUUAACUAACUUGUUUUUUUCUUGAGAAUACUUUGCAGGUUGUAUCGCUUCAGCAUUUUGUGAAGAUGCCUCGGAAAGGUAGGAGAUCCCAGGCUCAGAAAGUUCGUUGGACAAAGUUAGACCUGACAGGACAGACGAGCAUCAGUAAAGGUGUUACUCCGGUUUCUGAUGGACCGCAGUAUGAAGGUGGCGACAACACAUCUAGAGUUAUAUCCAUGCAGGCGUCUCAUUGUCAGAGUGAUGUAAGGUAUGAUGUUUUCUCACGAAAUCAUCAGUGCACAUGUGUAGCUCUGACAUUCCUUGCGUAUCACAGUGAGGGAACUUCAUUCGAACAGCGUGAUCUUGACAGGGUGCUAGAGGAAGGGGAUGCAUUGUAUGUGGGCAUUAAAAUGCAGCUUAUUGCUGAAGGAAGAUUCCGACAGGAUCUUCUAAGCAUGGCUGAAGUACCUGUGAGCAUCUCAACUUCUAACCACAACUACAGCGUCCAGAAGUCAGAAGUUGUGAUGGGGUAUCUGAGAGACAGAGGAACUCCAGAAAUGGACGCGUGGUGGAUUCCUCUUGAUGAAAGACUUCAGUGUCUCUCAACAGAUGUCAGUCAUGCACUGCUUAUUGUUUCUCCAGAGUGCUUUGCAGUGUUCAGAGACCGAUCUGGAAGAUAUGGAUUUUUUGAUUCCCAUUCCAGAACUGCUGAAGGUUUGCCACAUCCUACUGGUGACGGAACAGCAGUUAUGCUAACUUUCACCAACCUUCAUGACAUGAUCAACAGAUUAUUUGAGCUUUUUUGGAAUCGUGGUCCUCAAGCUUGCUAUGAAUUCAUGGCUGUUUCAUUUGAAAUGGAGCAACAGUCUGAGGAACCAUGCUCAUCAUCAGCAUGUGUUUCUACAUCACAAGUAACUUCAUCUGUGCCAGAAACACAAACAACUGCUGACGUCAGAAUUCCUGAAAAUGUUGUUCUGACAGAUGACAAAAACCAAAGUGUCAUAAAGGUUUUAAAAACAAACAAGCAGCGUAGAAGAAAAGAACUGCGUAAAAUUGCGUAUAAAAAGAAAGAAGCAAGACUUGGGAAGACCGCUCCACAUUUUGAAGACCGGGGACAAAAAAAAGAAUACGAGAGAGUAAAAUAUGCCACCAAUUUGCAUUUUCAGAAGAAGAAAAUGGAGAGUGCCAAAAAGAAGUACGACCAAGAUCCUUUUGCCAGAUUCAAAAAGCUAGAGUAUAUGGCCAAGAGGUACAAAACUGAUGUUCUCUUCCAGAAAAAAAAGAGGGACUACAUGGUGAGGAGGUACAAGACCGAUUAUCUUUUCCAAAGGAAGAUGAAGGACUACAUGGACAGGAAGUACCACACUGAUGCUCUUUUCCAGAAGAAGAAGAGGGACUACAUGGUCAGGAGGUACCGCACUGAUGAUCUUUUCCAGAAAAAGAUGAAGGACUACAUGUUCAGGAGGUACAAGACCGAUUAUCUUCUCCAGAAGAAGAAGAAGGACGACAUGGUCAGGAGGUACCGCACUGAUGAUCUUUUCCAGAAGAAGAUGAAGGACUACAUGUUCAGGAGGUACAAGACCGAUUAUCUUCUCCAGAAGAAGAAGAAGGACUACAUGGUCAGGAGGUACCACACUGAUGAUUGUUUUCAGAAGAAAAUGAAGGACUACAUGGUCAGGAGGUACCACACUGAUGAUUGUUUUCAGAAGAAAAUGAAGGACUACAUGGCCAGAAGAUAUGCAAGUGAUUCAGAGUUUAGGUCACAUCACAUCCUACGUUGUACUCUCCAGAAGAAACAGAAGUGUCUUACAAAUCCUGGAUUCCACAUUCUUCACAAGUUGAGGUGUGCAUUAAGGAUCAAGAGAAAAUACAGGCCAUACAUUAGUUUCAGCCAGGAUACGCCCAAUUCUGAUGCGAGAAACCAGCCUGUGUCCAACAGCUUGAUGCAAAAGGCCAUAUCUGCAUUUCGGCAACAAAUUCUGCAUGGUCCAACUUACAUCUGCACAGUCUGUCACAGGGCGCUUUUUCCAAAUCAAGUAAAGAUGUGUAAUAGAACACGAUACAUCAAAAAUGUUCAUAUUACAGCCUUUUGCUUAACCGGGAAAUAUGUUCAUGCUUGUGACAGUGCCUGCUCAGUUCCUUGUGCAGUUCCAGAUGAGCGAAGACAGGAGUGGAUCUGCCACACCUGUGACAGCCAUCUGAAGAGAGGAUCCAUGCCUUCUAUUGCAGCGGCAAACAGACUUGAAUUGCCACCCAUCCCUGCAGAACUGCUUGAGCUGAAUGUUCUUGAACGACAGCUUAUCGCCAAAAUUGUUCCUUUUGCAAAAAUAGUUGCAUUGCCAAAAGGACAGCAACGAUCAGUUUAUGGUGCUGUUGUGUGUGUGCCCUCUGAGGUGGAGAAAACAGUUAACUGUCUCCCAAGGCCUAACAGUGAGUCCCAGCUCCUACAGGUGAAGCUGAAAAGACACAUCAAGUUCAGAGGAUACCAACACUUCCAUACUGUGAAUAUGCACAAUGUGCUAGCAGCAUUAACAAAACUGAAAGCGAUGCAUUCAGAAUAUAGGGACAUCUUUAUAAGUGAUGCUGCCACAUUUGAAUUUCUCCCUGAUGAGCUGCAUGACACAGAGGAGAAACAGGAAGUCGUUGUCUCUGAACAGGAUGAGCAGCAUGUCAGCACAGAAGAAAAGGAUGAGCUCAGGCCUGGCCUCACUCUGGACACAUGCAUGCAGCCACUCGACAUUGGACAGGACUUACUGUCGUACGGUGAGGGAAUCUUCAGCAUUGCGCCUGCUCAAGGGAAAAAGCCAGUCGGAUUUUUCAAGGUUCCCAAAUUGGAAGCCAUGGCCUUCCCCGUACAGUUUCCCACUGGACAGAACACAAUUGAUGAGGCACGACAAGUUGCAUUAUCACCAAGCAUGUAUUUCAAUGCUAGACUGUUCUGCGUGGAUACUCGUUUUGCCAAAGACCAGAGUUAUCUCUUCUUUGCGCAGUUUGUCACUGAAACGCACAUGGCUAGAAACAGCAUGUCUAUCCAGUUGCGAAAGGGCAAACCCGUUACAAAAGAUGGACGUAGAAUCUCCAACAAGCUUCUUCAGGAUGAUCUUGAGGUCGAAAGAUUGGUCCACAGCCGUGACGCAACAAGGUUUAUGCAACCCCUGAGAGGCACUCCAUCUUAUUGGGAGAAAACGUUGAGAGAUCUACAGGCCAUGAUCAGGCAGUUAGGGAAUCCUACUUUUUUUUGCACAUUCAGUGCAGCCGAAAUGCGAUGGCCAGAAGUGAUAACGGCAAUCAAGGCUCAGCAAGGUGAAGAGGUCGACUUUUCAGAGCUUGACUGGACAACGAAAUGUGAAAUCCUCCGAAGUAACCCCGUCACCGUCAUGCGGAUGUUUGAAAAACGAGUGGAUGCAUUAAUGAAUCAUCUGCUUUUGUCACCUGCUCAACCCAUCGGCGAAGUCGAGGAUUACUUUUAUCGUGUGGAGUUUCAAGCUAGAGGAAGCCCACACAUUCAUCUGCUGGCCUGGGUAAAGGGGGCACCCGAAUUCGAAAAUCAGUCCGACCAAGUAGUGUGUGACUUUAUUGACCGUUACAUAACCUGCCAGUUGCCGGACCCUACCACCGAUCCCGAGCUUCAUCAAAUUGUCACCGAAGUUCAGCUUCACAGCAGGAAGCACUCCAAAUCUUGCAAGAAAGGAAAUGUGUUGUGUAGAUAUGGGUUCCCUAAACUUCCCAUGUCAAGCACCACCAUCACCCGUCCACGACCACAACGUCCCGAGGAAGAUGAAAACGAAGAGCAACACCACCAAGAGAGAAAGAAGAGGAGACAGGACGCUCCACAACGUCCUCAGGAAGAUGAAAACGAAGACCAACACCAACAAGAGAGAAAGAAGAGAAGACAGGACGCUGCUCGAAAAGCAAUGAAAGAAGCCAGGAAUAAACUCAAGCCAGUGUGGGACUUGUUAAACGAUCCCCAGGCCUCCUUUGACAACCUGUCAGACUUGCUGACCAAAUGUAAUCUGUCCAUGGAUGAUUACUGUAAAUACGCUGAGGCACUGUCCACUUCAAAUGUGAUUUUGCUGAAGCGUGAUCCAAAGGAGGCUUGGGUGAAUGGCUACAACCCAGAUUUGCUGAGGGCAUGGAACGCUAACAUGGACAUACAGUUCGUUCUUGACUCUUUCAGCUGCAUCAUGUAUAUGUUGUCCUACAUUUCCAAGCCAGAACACGAAAUGAAUGAUUACCUGAAGACCGUGAUCAAGGGUGUUCGGGAAACCAACGUAAACGAAGAGGACGAAAUGAAGCAGAUAAUGCAGGCCUACUCCAAACACAGGCAAGUGAGUGCUCAGGAGUCUGUGGCACGGACAUGCAGCUUACCAUUGAAGAAGUGUUCACGAAAUGUUGUGUUUAUACCGACGGAUGAUGAUGCCCUGAGGAUGAGUUUGCCCCGUAGUGUCCUACACAGCAAAGAUCCUGAUUCAGAGGAUGUCUGGAUGUCAGGUAUUAUAGAGAAAUACAGAGCAAGGCCUCGAACACUGGAGUUUGAAAAGAUGUGCCUUGCAGACUUUGUGUCUAAUUACCGUGUUGUGUAUGGUCGGCAAACUAAAGGAAAGAAUGUCCUCCCACUCCUCAACGAUAUGGGAUUUAUUCAGAAGAGAACUGUUGGUAAGGCUGCAAUUGUCAGGUAUGCUCGCUUUUCGGAGGAGAAGCAACCGGAGAAGUUUUGCGGAACAAUGGUAAAACUUUACGUGCCACAUCGUGUCAACGAACAGCUGAAACCUCAAGGGUUUCCAACGUAUCAGGAGUUUUACAAAAGGGGACUUGUAGAACUCCCGUCACACCCCAAUUUCCGAUUCCCUGUCCGUGGCUUAGUUAAAGCACAACAGAAGAAGUUUGAAAAGCACGGCAAAAAAGUGGACGAAGCAUAUGAACAGCUGCAGCGGGAAGGACCAUCUGAGAAUGCUUGGUGUGCUUUCGCCCCUGAAAUCGACGUUGAUCGGAUGGAGUGUAUUGCAGAACAACAAGACGUCCACCCAGAAGAAAAUGAACAGGAUGAUGUUCCAGAAUACCAGAUUCCGUCGUGA